AUGGCAGCCAAAGCAGCAAAGAACAAGCCCCCGGUCUACGUCCUCGGCGUGGGCAUGACCAAGUUCAUCAAGCCCAGAGGCAAAGUCGAUUACACAGAGCUCGGAUUCGAAGCUGGUAUCAAAGCCUUGAUUGAUGCCCAGGUCAACUACGACGAUAUCGACGCCGGUGUUGCAUGCUACUGCUAUGGCGACAGCACCUGUGGCCAGCGUGUCUUCUACCAAUUUGGCAUGACCCAAGUCCCCAUCUACAACGUCAACAACAACUGCUCGACUGGCUCGACGGGUCUCCACCUCGCACGAACUAUGUGUGCGGGAGGCAUGGCGGAUGCGGUGCUCGUUGUUGGAUUCGAGAAGAUGAACCCUGGCUCUCUGCAAUCGUACUUCCUCGACCGCGCCAACCCAACUGGCACGACCGCCGAGAUGAUGGUCCAAACUCGAGGCCAGACCAACGCACCAGAAGCCGCUCAGUUCUUUGGCAACGCCGGCCGCGAGUACAUGGAGAAGUUCGGCGCGAAGAACGAAGACUUUGCUGAGAUUGGCCGCGUCAACCACGAGCACUCCAAGCGCAACCCAUACUCCCAGUUCAUGACUGAGUACACCCUCGACCAGGUCAUGAAGGCACCUAUGAUCCACGAGCCGCUCACAAAGCUCCAGUGCUGCCCAACAUCAGACGGUGGAGCUGCAGCCGUGGUCGUCUCGCAAGCCUUCCUCGAUGCCCGCCCACAUCUCAAGGACCAAGCCAUCCUCAUCGCCGGCCAGACCCUCGCCACCGACGCACCCUCGCUCUUCUCCCGCUCCGCCAUCGACCUCAUGGGCUACCACAUGUCGCAAUACGCCGCCAAGACCGCCAUGGAGGAGGCCGGUGUCAAGCCUUCUGAUGUCAAGGUUUGCGAGCUUCACGACUGCUUCAGCGCCAACGAGAUGGUCACCAUCGACGCUCUGGGUCUGUCCGAGCACGGCAAGGCCCACGAGAUGGUUCGCAAGGGCGACAUCACAUAUGGCGGCAAGAUGGUCAUCAACCCUUCAGGCGGCCUGAUCUCGAAGGGCCACCCCCUCGGCGCCACGGGUCUCGCACAAUGCGCAGAGCUCACAUGGCACCUGCGCGGCUGGGCAAACAACCGACUCGUGCCCGGCACGACCGUUGCUCUGCAGCACAACCUCGGUCUGGGUGGUGCUGUCGUAGUGACAGUAUACAAGCGAGCGGACGGCAAGGCACCGAGGAGCGUGUCGAAUGAGGAGGUCGCCAAGACCAGUGGGUUCGGGUACAACCCAGCUGUGGAAGCCAAAGGCUUCACGAAGAGCCAGGCGGAUAAUGUCAGGAGUAAGAAGGCGAGGAGCGAUUGGGCGUUGCAGGAUAUCGAGAAGAAGGUCGAGAGUCGGUUUUAG